UCAUACACCCUACACUAUCCACCUGUGGAUGGUUCUUUACUUUUCCCUGAAAUCAUUGCGUUCAAUGCUGAACACAAUUCCAACGUACCUUUCUUUGUCUUCCCAGAAGAUGGGUCAGCCAACGGAGUCGUGUCCAUCUCGCACCUAGAAUUCUAUAGGGCCUGUCAUCGUGUUGCGCAUGCACUUCGUCCUAACCGCGCAGGCCCUGACGGUGAAAUCAUCGCUAUUAUUGCCAUGACUGACACCAUCCAGUACUUUGCCCUUCUGGUUGGUGUGAUAAUUGCAGGCUACAUUCCUUUUCCGAUGUCUCCACGAAAUUCUGCAGCUGCCGUCUCCAACUUGUUACUAAAGACUUCGUGUCAUCGUUUGAUAACUACUCAGCACUCCCUCCAGCCCCUCUUGGAUGGCAUCAAAUCGGAGCUGGGAUCCUUUAACUUCUCUUUUCAAGAUGUUCCAUGCCUGGCGCAUAUAUACCCAAAGCUUGGAUUAGAAACAAUUGAUGAUCCUUUUGAACCAUUCCCUGCGCGACCAAGUCGUCCUUCUGCCAGCGAAGUGAUGAUGUAUCUUCAUUCUUCCGGGAGUACUGGCUUCCCGAAAGCUAUUCCCCAGACACACCAGACAGUCAUCCAUUGGUGUGCUGCA